AUGAGCGACGAAAGCCAGCCCCCGAGCCCGACACCUGGCGGGUCGCCCAUCCUAGCGAACCCCUCCUUCGGUUCCUAUGUCGAUCUCUCGACACACCGACAGAACAAGGGAAAGCGAGAGGACAGCUUUCGGCCGGCACCGCCGUGCGACAACUUCGGCGUCGCUAUCGUUUGCGCUCUUGCUAUCGAGGCCGCUGCUGUGCUCGAGCUGUUCGAGGAACGAUGGGAUAACGCGGGGUUGGACAGGGCACCUGCCGAUACAAACUCGUACUCGUUCGGUUCCAUCGGUUCCCAUACCGUCGUUCUCGCGCAUAUGCACAGCAUGGGCAAGGUGGCCGCCGCGACCGUUGCAGGGAAUCUCCGCGCCAGCUUCCGCCAUCUCAAGCUCGUCCUCGUCGUCGGCAUCUGCGGCGGUGCUCCCAACGCCCCCAACAAGCCGUGCGAUGAUGUCUUUCUCGGUGAUGUGGUCGUGAGCACCGGCGUCAUCCAGUACGACUUUGGGAGGCGGUUCCCGGGCGGUUUCGUCCGCAAAGACACUCCCCGCCACAACCUGUCCAGACUGUCCGUUGUAGCCGAUGGUGUGCUGGCCAAACUAAAGGCCGCCGAGGCCGGACGCGGCAGAGAGUUCUCCCGUAGCGUGUCUCGCCACCUCGACGCCCUUCAGCAGCAGCUAGGCCCCGACGCAGCCUAUCCUGGUCGGGAAGGAGACCGGCUGUUCCAACCGGACUACCUUCACAAACACCACGAGCUCUCAGCAUGUUUAGUAUGUACUGGGAAUGCGGGUGCCGUCUGCGACGAUGUAACUGAGAAGAGCUGCGAAACGCUCGGGUGCAGCCAGCAGGUGUCCAACCUGGUAGCCCGCUCGCCGCCGGGACACAGAUCGCAACCAACAGUGCAUUUCGGCCUCGUCGCCUCUGGGGACACCGUCAUGCGCUCCGGGAGAGACCGGGACGAGAUUGCUCGCCGGGAUGGCGUCAUUGCCUUUGAAAUGGAAGGGGCCGGGUGUUGGGAAAUACUGCGUGAAUGUUCUUGUUUGAUUAUCAAGAGCGUCUGUGACUACGCUGAUAGCCACAAAAACAAGAUGUUUCAGGGCUAUGCCGCUGUGGUAGCAGCAGCCACAGCCAAAGCUCUGCUCGAGAGCUGGGACACCCCAAUCCAGUUGCUGGGAAGGCUCGAGACCGUGCCGUAUAUGGAUCGGAAAGAUCGAAACCCGCGUCGAGUUCCGGGCACUUGCGAGUGGUUCGUGGGCCACGAACUUUUCCGAAACUGGUUAAGGGGCUCCCAACAGAAAGACUGCUACCAGACGCUCUGGGUAUCCGCGGACCCCGGGUGCGUUCUUCCGAGUACUCAAUACAGGACAACGUGCUAUUUCUUCUUCAAGGACGACUUCGAGGACCAAAAGACUACAGUUAAUGCUAUUUGUUGCAUCCUCCACCAGCUCUUCACCCAGAAGCCCGUUCUUUUCUCCGACGCCGUCCGCACCCGACUUAAGGCGGAGGGCGACAAGCUUAUCCGUUCAUUCCGAGCCCUUUGGGAGCUUCUGCUCGGCGUAGCACGAGAAGAGGACGCUGGAGAGAUCAUUUGCGUCCUUGACGCUCUCGAUGAAUGCGCGGCAGACGACCGCCAGAUACUCUCUGAGGCGCUGCUUGACCAACAUCGCACAAAGAAGGCAACAAAUCUGAAGUUCCUUCUCACGAGCCGGCCAUUUGGGUCUAUUAGGCGCGGCUUUCAGCCGCCCGACAUGGCAGAGCUCGCGGUUGUCCAUCUGAGCGGGGAAAGCGAGGAAGAGAUGAAGCAAAUAUCCAAAGAGAUCGACAUCUUCAUUGAAGCUAGAGUCCAGGGCGUAGCGGCAAAGUUAAAUCUCGACAAGGACGAACAAGACAUGCUACUCCGUGGUUUGCUGAAUGUGCCAAACCGCACCUAUUUAUGGGUGUAUCUCACCCUCGACCACGUUGAGAGGAGCGAGAACAUCAGUAAACGCAAGAUCAGAGAGGCACCUUCGCAGCUCCCGAAGUCAGUCGACGAAGCAUAUGAAAAGAUUCUUUCCACGAGCUGCGCCCCGGGGGAGGCUCGGAAAAUUCUGCAUAUCAUCGUGGGGGUGGAGAGGCCAUUAACAGUCCGUGAAAUGAACUUUGCGUUGACGAUACGCCCCUCGCACCAGUCAUACCAAGACGUUGAGUUGGAUUCCGAUGAGCGGUUCCGAGAGCGGCUGAGAAAUAUCUGUGGCCUCUUUGUGACUGUCAUUGACUCGAGGAUAUAUUUGCUUCAUCAGACCGCUAGAGAGUUCCUCGUGAAGGCGGACCCCAGGCGCCGGUUUUCACCGGACUCUAAGAAGCGCAAACCACAAUUCAGGUGGAAGUACUCCUUAGACCCCGCCGAAUCACAUCGGGUCCUUGCGGAGAUCUGCCUCUGGAAUUUGCGGCUGCCGGAAAUACUCGAAGGCACCCCCGAAAUCAUGGCCAAAGUUGAACCGUUCCAGGACCACCCCGAACUAGAGUUCGAUGUCCAUCGGAUAUAUGCCAGGUACGGCCAGGAGUUACUUGCCCAACUACGGUCUUUCAUGCGGGGCUAUGGUCUUCUCGAAUACUCGGCUUAUUUUUGGGCUACCCAUCUGAGAGCGUUGCAUGUGGGAGUCGACAAAGAACUGACACAAGCAAUGGUCGAGAUCUGCGAUGCCUGCCACCAACAUCGCCCGUGGUGGUUCAGAUGCCAAGCGAGGGAACAUGAAGUUCGAAACAGAGAAUUCCCACUCUACCUACCUCUAUGUAUCGCCGAUGACCCUGCCACCACUCCCCUGAUGAUUGCUUCGUAUUUCGGGCUCGUUCCAGCCGUCCAGGCCUUUCUCAAAACCAAGCGUGGUCAAUUGCACGCCAAGGACACUCGGGAUAAGACAGCCUUGGUCUGGGCGGCAGCAUACUGCCACGCCGACGUAGCCAAAGUUCUGGUCGACGGGGAAGCAAGAACGUUGUGGGGUCUUGAGUGGUUACGCACCCGGAAGCGCAUUAUCGAAGAGGCGGAUCACGAGCAGAAGACGCCUCUGAUGUGGGCCGUCGAAGUCGGGUCGGUGAGCGUCGUCAGGCUUCUUCUUGACCACGGCGCCAACAUAGAGGCGCGGAACGGAAACGGUGAAACCCCAUUGAUCCGGGCAUGCACGUGGGAAAAUUCAGACGUUUGCCGAUUGAUCCGGGGGUGCAGCUGGGAAAGCCUAGACGUUCUCCGACUGUUGCUUGAGAGGGGUGCUCAGGUAGAAGCGAGGAGUAAAGAUCGAUAUGGCCGCGGAGCAACGCCGCUGACAGCGGCUAGCCAAUUCAAACCCGCGGACGCCGUGCGGCUUUUGAUUCAAUUCGGCGCGAACGUUAAUGCGCGGGAACCGGAUGGCAUGACGCCGCUGUUGUUUGCCUUGGCACGCGGACGUGAGGAGAAUGCCAAGCUCUUGCUGGAAAACAAGGCGGAUAUUGGACUGAAAAGUAUGCAUGGCGACACAGCUUUGGCAUUGGCCUGCAGAGAGGGCAUGUUGGAUAUCGUCAAGCUGUUGCUGAAAAGGGGCGUCGAUAUCAACGACAAGAGUGCGGCGGGGAUCUCCGCUCUUAGCCAUGCUUGUCAACGUGGGCGUGAGGCCAUAGUGAGAUUUUUGGUCGAAAAAGGUGCAGACAUUGGGUCAAGAUGUGACGAAGGGUGGACGCCAUUGCGCUAUCGUAUGGAGAGGUGCAACAAAGCUUCAAAGUUUAUUUCCAUUGGCAAGUUCUUGCUCGAUAAUGGUGCAGAUAUCGAGGCAAGAGACUCGCACGGCACAUCGACCCUCGCGGCCGUUGCUAGGCGUGGCAACUAUCAUGCUGUCAGGUGGCUGCUCGAAAACGGCGCCGACCCCGAGUCGCAAAACGAAUAUGGGGAGACACCCUUGGUGCAGGCUGCAAUCGCGGGCAGUGACCGAUCGGUUUCGGCACUGCUCCAGGCUGGCGCUAAUGUCAACGUUACCGCACAAGAUGGGAAGUCGGCUCUGCAUCUCGUCAUUGCUUACAAUCAAGAGGCCAGCCUCGUUAAGCAACUGCUCGAUCGUGGCGUGGAUAUCGAGUACAGAGAUAAAGAGGGGAGGACGGCUCUUUCUCACGCCGCCGGCCGCGAGGGGCUUUCGGCAGAGACAAUCGUUGCCAUGCUACUCGAAAAGGGAGCCGAUAUACAUUCAAAAGACGACCAGGGAAGGACGCCCUUUGUUUGGGCCAACGCCAACCCGGUCGGCACCGGUAUUGCCAACCUGUUGGUCAAGCAUGGCGCGGACAUCAUAGACGUGGACGAUGUGGAUACCAUGGCGGCGCUCUCGCUAGCACGUAGUGAGAGGGAAAAGCAGCGAUGGUAUCGCCUCCCCUUGGACGCCUCGGACUCCUCGGACUCCUUUUAA